CCGGAACUGCGUUCUGGCUAGCCGAACAAAGAUGCAAACACCUUGGCGAACAUCUUGGGAUGACCUGAUAAAGUUCAGUCUCACGGCUGGUGGAGGGCUCGUUAUUCUGAGCCAGGGCCUGACCGCCCUGCAGCUCAAAGUGUUUGAGAAGGAUGUUAAGGCCGAGCUGGACUCGAUGAAGAGCAAAAUGGACAGCAUGGAGCGCAAAAUGGACAGCAUGGAGCGCAAAAUGGACAGCAUGGACGCCAAGCUGGACAAGGUGCUCAACAAGCGCUGGUUCGGUUUUUAAGUUACGCUUCGACACUCAUGCCGCGCUGGCGUUGCUACUCCUGCUGGUGGCCGUGGCGCUAGUAUAGGCAGCCGUGGCCACGUGGUGGCCUGAUGUUGGACCUGCUGGGGUUGCGUUCCUAUGCCAGCGGGCCCACUCGUCCCGUUGCAGGACGGAACAAAGCGGGUACAGUGUGGCGAGGAGGGGAGUACUCUUUAGCAUGGUGCAAUUGCUACGUGCGAAAACCACCUAUCUUGUCGGUCGUGCGGUUCGGUAAGGAAGUGCGUCAUGCUUCACGAACCACGGCACGCCACCGACGCCAGGGGACGCAAUUAGGCCGUGACCAUGUGCUACUCUGAAGCAGACGUGUGAGCAGAGCGGUGCGUGCCCACGGCUACCCUGCAGGCUAAGUGGCUUGCUUGUAAACGGUGGGCAAGUCAGGAGAGAGUGUGCUCCUGCAACAGAAGGGUUGGCGUUCGGGUGGGGGGCGCAGGGGGGGCGGGGGUUUCGCUGGGUGCGGCAGCGAAGGGAAGCAAGGUAGUGCAGCUGUGCUCGUGCGCAGUACAGUGUCUGGGCUUGGCCAGGGCGAAAUGCGCGCCGAUGUGUACUAUGAGAGCACCUUGUCUCUGAUUGCCAAACGAUGAAGUGUUUUCCAGAAAACGCGAGGUCC